UAGAUGUGGUUAGUCAGCUAGCUUCACACGUCACGAAAAACGUAACAAUUUGUGCGAAAAACACGAAGUUUCUGACGUCGCGUGUUAAUCGAGUUUGUAGCCUGUUCACGCGCACCUUCCUUUCUCUCGUGCGCGAGACGGAAACUUUCCCACAAACUAGGGACUUUUCUGAGGGAGAGACGCGCUCGCGCUGCGAAUCCACGCGCGCGCACACACACACGCACACGAGCGCAGGUCUCGCGCACCAGCAGCAGCAGCAGCAGAAGCCUCAGACCUAGCUUAGCUUUACGCAGCCGUUCGGUUGAUUUUAGUAACUUUAUUCUGAAGGAUAAUGUCUUUUAGUCGACUGGUGUGCUAAAUUUGGAUACUUUUCUCAGAAGGUUUCACAAAAUAAACUACAUUUCUGUCAAAAAAAUGAACAGCCAAGUGGAAAACGAGACAAACGACUACAGCAACGGCCCUGAGGAAGAGGUCCGGACUCUGUUCGUCAGUGGUUUGCCGUUGGACAUCAAACCCCGUGAGCUUUACCUGCUGUUUAGGCCAUUUAAGGGAUAUGAAGGUUCGCUGAUCAAACUUACAUCAAAACAGCCAGUUGGCUUUGUGAGCUUCGACAGCAGAUCAGAGGCUGAAGCUGCCAAGAACGCCCUGAAUGGAGUUCGUUUCGACCCAGAGAUUCCCCAGACGUUACGCCUGGAGUUCGCCAAAGCCAACACCAAGAUGGCCAAGAGCAAACUGGUAGGGACACCCAACCCCCCUCCAUCUCAGCAGAGCCCUGGCCCACCCUUCCUCAGGGAUGCUUACGAGCUCACGGUUCCUGGUCUGUAUCCUAGCAACCCUGACGUGUGGGCAUCAUACCCGUUGUACCCUGCUGACCUAUCACACACCCUUGCGCCCGCUUUCACCUACCCCUCCUCCCUACACACUCAGAUACGUUGGCUCCCUCCAGCAGACGCUCAGGGCUGGAAGUCCAGGCAGUUCUGUUGAAAUAUGUGGUCCUUAUGUGUGAUGGUGGCUAUGGAUGGCCUUGAGGUGCUACCCCCUUCAACCCCAACAAACACCCCACCCCCCACCCCCCACCCCCAACUUCACCUCCCACCCCUUCUAUCUCCAACCACAAAGUCCAAACCAGGGACCUCCAGACUCCCCUUCCUCAGUCAUGGACCACAGGUCACCAACUCCUCCCUCGGGUUUAAAGAGCAAAUCAAGACCAGCUCUGCCUCCAUCACACAUCCCCCUCCCCUUUCUCUACUGUUACACCACUGAUACUUGUAUGGAAGGAGUGCACAUGGGCCUGUAUCUCCAGUGCUCUCUCUCUCUCUCUCUCUCUCUCUCUCUCUUUCUCUCUUACCCCUUUUCCACCAGAAAGAACCAGGUGCUGGUUCAGAGCUAGUGCUGGUGCUGGUUCAAAGUUGGUUCCACUGGCGAACCUUCUAAGAACCGGUUUGCCUUUCCAUCAGCUAGAGAGCCAUGCUAGAGAGUCUGACGUCACUGUAUACGUGUCAUGUUACUUUGUGAACCUACAUUGGCAUCCAAACGCAGCGAAUCCAAUGUGUACGUGCAGCUCCAUGUAAUUUGUAUAAACGGAGGUUGUAAUCGGGAAAGUACAUAACGUUAUUUUAUCAUUAACACAGAAAGAAGUUAGCCUUAGCAUGUAGCUACCUAUUAUGUAGCUACCCUACUACCUACUAAAGUAAAAGUGUAUUAAACAUACUUAGUAUACUUAAGGUACAUUAUCAAAUGCACUAACAUUAGCCCCGCCCCCAGCUCCUGACACAAGCGGUUCUUCAGUCUAGACCAGCAACGUUUUGGUGCUACUUAAGAACCACUUUUCCUCUUUCAGAGCCGGUGCUUUGGCUGUCAAAAAAGAAAGAACUGAUUUUAAAUUAGGCUCUGGCUCCAAACCAGCACUCAAACUGCCUCGGUGGAAAAUGUUCAUCUGUCUCUCUCUCCCUCUGUCUCUCUCUGUCUCUCUCUCUCUCUCUCUCUCUCUCUCUCUCACUCUGUACUUUAUUCAAUAAGAUCAGGCCUUUUCGCUGAAUGGAAAACCGAAGAGAACCUUCAGUAACGUAUUACAGUAUUGUAAUAACGUUGUAUACUUAAGUCUGACUGUCAAGUGAAAUUGUAACCCACUCCUACACAGCCAGUCGAAGGUUUAACAUUGCCACAACCCAAAGAAAACGAUCCAGAGGAGCUCUAACAUGUUUAUGUGACUUUGAACGAGUGUUUUAUUAAAGACUGGAAGGUAAAAUGCUAAAGUCUGUAGAUACGACACUCAGAAACUUUAACAUGAAGAGACAUAAAAAUAUACAGUGUGAAAAAUGUUGGCAUUUUCAGACUAGAUUAGUUCUUUAUCCUAUUAUAAUCUAAGAUAAUUUCAAGUAAUUAAUGUAAUGAUCAACAAUUCUGGAUCCAUAAAACAGGUGAUAGUUUUAAUAAUAAGCAUAAAUAAUGCACUUUUAAUCAUUAACAUUUAUUGAGCCAUGGUUUUGUAAAUUAUUAAUUUAGAGUUGUUUAAAAACUUUCAGCUGGCAGUGUAAGACAAACUCCGGGUCUCGUUCAGGAUGCAGGCAGUAAUGUGUCAGUCCUUCCAUUUAAAUGUUGUGGUUGUGUAUUAAUCAAUAUUAUCUUCAUAACCUACGUUGUUAUCAUUGUCGUUGCUAUUUACACUGAUUUAUAAUUAGCAAACUGCGAUCAAGUUGAAGCAUGACUAAUAAUCAGAACGGAGAUGCUGUACAUUUUUAGACCUUUUGAAGACGAACACAGAAGUAUUUUUGUAAUCAGGUGUGUGUGUGUGUGUGUGUGUGUGUGUGUGUAGGUGUGUGAGGAGAUCAAACUGUUUUUACUUUCCUGCUUCAUUCCAGAUGCCAAAGACAAUCAGAAUGAAGAGGAUACAGAUUCUCUGAUCAUAAUAAUAAUAAUAAUAAUAAUACAUAUCAUAUAUUCCCAAACCAAAGACUUACAGUAUGUGUGCAUGUGCUGAACAUCGUUUACACCACAAUAUAUACAGUAUUCAUGAAAUGGUGUCCAGGAAGUUUGUCUGUGAUCCGUUUCUGUAGGGAAAAUGUCCAUAGACCCAGGUGCUGAGGGGAAGUUCUUUGGAAUUGUGUCUUUUUUUUAAGGUGAAAUGAUGCACAUAAAACACUUCCAAGUCUAUAUAUAUUUCUAUAUAUACACACAAACAUGUUCAUAUAGAAUGUCAGGGUGGUAAAAUGUGCACAGUGCAGAUGAUGUAAGAUCCUCAGGUCCAGACUUUACAGAUCUAGUGACACCUUUCUUUUGUUCUCUUCAUAUUAUAUAAUCCUGAGAUUAGGAUUGUUGUAGCUUUCGUUCAAACUCAUUAAAGCUCCUUAAUUAAGGGAUUUAAAUCCGUAAAAACACGAGCGAUGAUUGAAAUUCCAGUGAUGACAAGUUCAAUAAGUUCAGAAACGUUAACUGUUGCUAUUAUACCACAAAUAUGUCACAAUAAAAGGCUUCAGAUUAGGAGUAACGCUAACCGGACAAAAACAAAACACGCCAUUAUGGAUUCAUUGCCGUUUCAGAGUCGAGACAAACAUAUAAAAUAAAAUAAAGAAAGUGACGUGUGGUGGUCUGGGAAAACCCUUCAUAGAUGUUUCCUCAUGCAAAGAGUUCUGGAAAAUAUAUUCCAAAAAAGAACAUGUUUCAUUUUCUAUGUUUAUCUCACUUUCAGUAAAAAAAAAAAAAAGUAGGCCCCACCUACUUCUGCAUUUAGAACCAAAUCCACUUACAGAAUAACAACAUAUUGAUCGAUUUUAAACAGUUAUAAUUUUAAGAUUUGACCUUGUUAUUUGAAAUCAGGUGAUUUUAAAUUUCUUGUUUUAUUUAUUUAUUUUUUUUUUUUUAAUUUAUUUUUUCUCAAUUGGUCCUUUAUCCGUGUUUUAGACUGCUCAUGGAUCUUGGAAACACUGGUCAUGUGGCAGGAGAAUCACACAUUCUAACACACACACACGCAUGCAUUUGCACCUAGGGGUAAUUUUUGUGACAUUUUCGGGAUAAAAUUUGAUGUCAAAGUGCGUUACUGUUGGAAAAACCUCCAUUUUCAUUUUAAAAAAAAAGUGGCUUGUUUCCAGAAUUCAUUGCCUCAGUGACAUCUGAUGGGUUCUUUUUGCAGACUGAAACAUAUUUUAUUUCUUUGUUCCUGUGUGUUUUUUACAUCCCAGCAGCUUACUGUCACAUCCUGCCUUCAGGUCCUGUUAGAAAUCUCAUACUUAGGAGGUGAAAUCCAGCACAGUGUUGUUGUGUCUUUGCACUUUUUUUUGGAUUGGAUUUGUGACGAUUACCAAAUAUAAAUAGUGUAAACAGAUGACUCUUCUUUCUUCUUGCCCAAAUUUUCUUUCCUGUUCGCUGAAAUUCACAGGUACGGACUUCCGGAGGGGAUUUGAAGAGCAUUUUUGAGUCUAAAUAUAGUUAAAUAUUUAUGUUUCACUGUUCUGAUGCUGCUUUACUUCAGUGGAAACUCAAAUUCGCUCCAGGUUCUUUUAUACUGCUGCAUUUCAAAUUUACUAAGAAGGUGUGAGCUCAAUGUAUGAAGCUGUGGCUCCUGUGUGUGUGUGUGUGUGAUGAUUCUUUUGUAUUUACUACAGUGUCCGAUGAUAUUGAUGUUAGUAUGGAAUGUUACCUGGUCUCGUGAGUUUGUCCUAACAACAGAAACUGUAUAAAACAUCUUCGUGUGUAAUCAAUAAAGAUUUUUAUACAUGUGUAAGUUCA